AUGAGCGUGACCGUGACUGCAUCAAUGGACUCUGAUUCCCCUUCUCCUAAUCCAUCUAUUUCUCCCUCUACAGACCUCUCGUUCUCCUCCUCAGUCGACCAUGACCACGACCUCUCUGAAACCGACAUUGACAUCGACGUUGAUAUCGACAUCGACGUCGAAAUCGAUACAGACGACGCAACACUCGCCAAGAUACAAGCAAAAAUAGCCCAUAUCAAGGCCCUUUAUGAUUCUGGGAAGCCCCUUUUCCCGCGCGCGUUACUUGCAUGUCUGGAUGCCCAGAUUGACCGCGCCAGUGCCAAUACAAAUGCGAGGAUCGCGAAAGAAAUCACCGAAGAGAAACGGAACACUGUCACAAUUCCAGAUCUUGACGGCACCCCGCAUACCUAUAGCCUCAAAGUUCCCGCUUGGUGUGUUGACUUUGCAACAACAUACCGCAUUGGCUACAGCAGCAUCCAGAACCUGACGUGCAUUCACCCGUCUUUCCCGGAGAUCUCUUUGCGCGACAGUUCCCCGGUGAGUAUAUGUUAUACAUCAUCCCCGGAUUAUGGGGGCAAGGUCUCCUUCGAGCAGGUGGAGGAGCGGUUUAAAGAGAGUGUGAGAAGGUGGGAGGGAAGUCAGACGUGCGCCGAUUUGAGGGUUGGGUUGGAGGACUUGAUAAGAAGCCGAAAACUAACUAAGAAAGUGAGAAAGAUCGUGUGUUUUGGACUUGGUAGUUUGAGUCUUAUCGAGGAAGAGUUUUGUGUUGGCAGGGCGCAUGCGCAGCAUGCGGCUGUUGGGACGAUGGUGGCUGUUUUCAAACAACAGACGAAAGCUGGGAAUGGGAUGAAGGAAAUGAGUCGGGACCGGACUAAGCAGGAAGGAGACAAGAAGCUCAUGACCACGGAUAUUGAGACGGAUAUAGCGGUUGCCGAAGAAGGCGAAGAGAAAGAAGACGAAGAAAUCAGGUGUUACGCCCAAGACCCAGCUUACAGUGAAGCUGACUGGUCUUUGCUGCGUAGCAUCGGAAUCCAACCUCUCGAUGAUCCGAAGGGAUUUUUAGAGAUUGACGAAGAAACGCUGGUCUUUAGUGUCAGUCCCAACGUCCCAGUGAAGCAAAUUGUCGCCGAUGUGCAAUGGCCUGGUGCAAUGAUCUGGAAUACGGUGGCCGAAGAGGAGAGGGAGGCGAGGUGGGAAAAGAAGAUGAGAGACGGGGAGGAGUUUUGGGUAGUGCCUUUCACCACAGACCCGGACUCACAGCGGGUGAGGAAUAUGGUACAGAGUUAUACGAGCAUGCCGCUGCGAGACUCAAAUGAAUAUUUCGGUGAUUUGACAGUCUAUGUUCGAUGA